AUGGCUGUCUCUAAGAUUUACGCUAGAUCCGUCUACGACUCCCGUGGUAACCCAACUGUUGAAGUUGAAUUGACCACUGGUAAGGGUACUUUCAGAUCCAUUGUUCCAUCUGGUGCUUCCACUGGUGUCCACGAAGCUUUGGAAUUGAGAGAUGGUGACAAAUCCAAAUGGUUAGGUAAGGGUGUCUUGAAGGCCGUUGCCAACGUUAACGAUAUCAUUGCUCCAGCUUUCGUCAAGGCUAGCAUUGACAUCAAAGACCAAGAAGCUGUUGACAAGUUCUUGAACUCUUUGGAUGGUACUCCAAACAAGGGUAAGUUGGGUGCUAACGCUAUCCUAGGUGUCUCCAUGGCUGCUGCCAGAGCUGCUGCCGCUGAAAAGAACGUCCCAUUGUACCAACAUUUGGCUGACUUGGCUCAAUCCAAAUCUUCCCCAUACGUUCUACCAGUUCCAUUCUUGAACGUCUUGAACGGUGGUUCUCACGCUGGUGGUGCUUUGGCUUUGCAAGAAUUCAUGAUUGCUCCAACUGGUGCUAAGACCUUCGCUGAAGCUAUGAGAAUUGGUUCUGAAGUUUACCACAACUUGAAGUCUUUGACCAAGAAGAGAUACGGUUCUUCUGCUGGUAACGUCGGUGACGAAGGUGGUGUUGCUCCAAACAUUCAAACUGCUGAAGAAGCUUUGGACUUGAUCGUUGAUGCUAUCAAACUUGCUGGUCACGAUGGUAAGGUCAAGAUCGGUUUAGACUGUGCUUCUUCCGAAUUCUACAAAGACGGUAUGUACGAUUUGGACUUCAAAAACCCACAAUCUGACAAAUCUAAAUGGUUAACUGGUCCACAAUUAUCCGACCUCUACCACAGUUUGGUCAAGAAAUACCCAAUUGUCUCCAUUGAAGAUCCAUUUGCUGAAGAUGACUGGGAAGCUUGGUCUCACUACUUCAAGACUGCUGGUAUCCAAAUUGUUGCCGAUGACUUGACUGUCACCAACCCAGCUAGAAUUGCUACCGCCAUUGAAAAGAAGGCUGCUGACGCUUUGUUAUUGAAGGUCAACCAAAUCGGUACUUUGUCCGAAUCCAUCAAGGCUGCUAGAGACUCCUUCGCUGCCAACUGGGGUGUUAUGGUUUCUCACAGAUCUGGUGAAACUGAAGACACCUUCAUUGCUGACUUGGUCGUUGGUUUGAGAACUGGUCAAAUCAAGACUGGUGCUCCAGCUAGAUCUGAAAGAUUGGCUAAAUUGAACCAAUUGUUGAGAAUUGAAGAAGAAUUAGGUGACAAGUGUGUCUACGCUGGUGACAACUUCCACCACGGUUUCAAAUUGUAA